AUGAACAGAAUGGAUCCCACCGGCGGCGCCAGCAAACCAAGGGGUGAGAGUCGUGCUGAUGCCGUGAAGCCUUUGCAGCCAAGGAUCUUGCCGAAAAGUUUCUCAAAGCUCGGUGUGGAAGAGAUGAAAAAGCGCCUAACAGAGAAGGAGGACGUGGAUCUAGACCUGCGCAAGCCAGAAAGCAGUGCAUGGCUUUCCAAUAUUCUCAAACAGGUGCAGUCCAAAGACAGUGAAGCAAGGGCCUUCGCCUUAUUACGAUUCAGAGCAGUUCUGAGCCGCAUGGUUGUCACCAAGGGACCUGAGGUCAGCGUGGGUCUUGCAGCUUAUGUGCUGGAACAGGGCAUGCUGGAUGAGGUUCACAGGAUACUGAAAGCAGCGCAGGCAGAAGGCGACUUCUACAUCUUCCCGAAGACCAGCAGUCAGAAUAAGAUGCGUUAUGCAGAACAUUUCGUGGUGUCAAAAGUGGACAUCUGCUUCAGGCUGCUUCAUGUCCUCAUCCUGGACGCACGAACAGCACGUUUCGUCCUGAAGGGCAUCCCUGACCUUAUCUCGAUCCUCGAAGGAGCCUACUUUAAUUCCCUUUCAGCGGUAUCUCUCGUCAAAGACUCAACCCUGGUACCGGAGUCUGCUUACUUGAAUCUUCUGAGAGAUGACGUCAGGGCUUUCAGUAUCUCCGCGCUAAAUUCCCUUGCUAGUCACUCUUGUCGAAGUAAGGAGCAGUUGAUCAGGCGAAAAGUCCUCCUCCAUCAGAUUUUGCAGGACUGCAUGGCUGGAACAGAGUUUUCGAGCCGAAUGGUGGACUGUACUCUCCACUGCUUCAGCAACCUAGUUUCCGCGUGCGAUCUCUCGGAAUACCUGGAUGACAUCAUCAAGCUCGUCUUGAGGACUCUAGCGGAGACUCAAUCCGCAGUUCUGAUCAACAUCGCCGUUCAUCUCUUGGGUUCGAUCAUGAGGAAGGGUCAAGCGAUGGCAGUGAUAGACAAGCUCACGGGUGUCGUCUGGCGGUUUAUUGCUCCAGAGAUUGCCAAAAGUUCGCCUGGAAGGAAGGGCACAAGUCGCGCUGCCAAGCAGGGAAAGGCGGACAGCGCCAUACCCCUGCGAAGGAAGUGUCCUUCGAGCGAGAAGUCAACCAAGGGAGCGGAAAGCGUGGAAGGAAAAAGGGAGUCUGCCAGAUUGUGGUGA